AUGGAAGCUUUAGAAUCGACCCAAAACCAAGAAGAGAUAGUGCCUUUACAAAUCCCUGUAUUUGAAAAUACAUCUACAAAUCCAUUGCUUGACUCAUCAUCGCUGCCAUCAUCAAAUGAACAAACCACUCAUAUUAAUGCGCCAAAUCAAAACACCAGUCAAGAAAUGAUUGAACCUAUUAAUAAUAGUGAAUCACUACCUAAAAAUGAGGAUAAUGACAAUAUUCAAAUUGAAAGUAAUAAUAUGGAGCUUGUUUCUUCCAAUGUUCAAGAAUCGAUGAAUUUUGAACAUGGACAACAAACUUUACAACGACCAAAUUUCAAUAUUGCUAAUCCUAAUUGGAAUACCCAAACUAAUAAUCUAGAUAAUACUGAUCAAAAUUUUGAUAUAGAAUAUCACCAUAGCAAUGUUAAUAAUCAUAAUCAUAAUAAGGCCCCAUUUAGUUUGCGUAAAUUAUCAGAUGCUGGAUUCCAAGCUCUGCCUCCAGGAUCUCGUUUAUUUUUGGGAAAUUUAUCCACUCAUUCGACUACUAAAAAGGAGCUUUAUGACAUCUUUUCUCCUUAUGGAGAAGUUUUUGAAAUAUCUAUUAAAAAUAGCUUUGGUUUUAUCCAAUAUGAUAAUACUGAGAGAUUGGAGGUUUCUCAUGGUAAGUUACAUCGCCGUUCGCAAAAUCAAGAUACUGGGCAUAAAAAUAAUUUUGGGCAUCAUCAUGAAAAACGUUGGAAUCAAAGAGGUGGAAAUAAAAAUAAUUGGCAUAAUAAUAACAAAAGAGAAUAUUCACCCGCCAGAGGACAUCAUACUCAAACCCAUAAUAAUUGGCAUUAUAAUAAGGAAGGCAAUGAAAGAAGACAUAGCCGUGAUUCAUAUAGGGAGGAACACCGCGACCAAAAAAAUUCCCAUAGAUCUAAACCAUAUAGAGUUCCUAAUAGAGAUUAUUCAGAACAAAAACAAAGUCGAGAUAAUAGGUCACAAUUACAUGACAAGGCUAAUGAUGAAUUUCCUUUACCUAGAAGGCAAGGCAAUGCGGUACCAGAAUGUCAAAUAAUUGUCCUUGAAGAAGUUGAUCGGAAUUAUUUAUGGCAAGCAGAGAAUGCUUUCAGAGAAGCAAAUAUCUCUGUUCACACACUUCAUUUAUCUAGAAAACUUCAAAUUCAAGCAGUUGUUCGUCAAAUGAUUGUAGAAGGCGUGCAUGCGGUUGUCUUUUUAGAAAGGGCCCUUAUAAUGAAUGGUAGGGUUAAUAUGCAAAUUUUUGAACAUCAACGUUCUCAAGAUAAUGUAAAAUAUGAUGAAUAUAACAAUAUUAGAAUAGAAGAUGCAGUUGGAUUAUUGUCUCGAGCUCGUGUUUCAUCGGUCCCUAACAAUAUGUUAACUGGUGGGCAACAAAUUUUACCUCAAACACAGAAGGCUGCCCCAAUUAUAGAACAGCCAAAUGCAUUAAAUAUUAAUCCAAUUUCAUUAAAUAAUGUUAAUUUUGCCGCACUUGCUAAUUUGCUUGUAGUUUCACCUGGUACCAAUUUACAACAUCAGCCAGGUUUUAUGUCUGCACAACCACAAAGUUUUGAUGUACAACAAAUACUUGGAAAUUUGGCGCCUGCAAAUGCUCCAAAUCAACAACGAUAUACGCAAGUGUUCCCUCAUAAUACUAUGCCUUUUAAUACUUCAAUGAUUAACCAGCAUAAUGUUAACAAUCCAAAUGUUAUGCCUCCUCCUCAGCCUAAUAAUACUCUUCCUUUACCUCAACAUCAACCCCAACAUGUUGCACCAAAUUUACAACAGUUUCAUAAUCAAAUUCCUGGUAGCUCUAAUAUCACAGAUCUUAUGACACAAUUCAAUAAUUAUAACAACCAAUGUUAA